AUGUUUCGUCUUCUUUCGUAUGAUCAGUCCCCCGGAGUGAAGCCACCAAUAGCCUCAUUAGUCAACGAUGAGACGAAACGUAAGCUGCUUGUGUCGCAGUUUACAUCGUUACUCAGGACAGGCAUGACGUGCAUAGUUUUGCUAGCUGCAGUUCAUCUGGAUAACCCUUUGGAGUUCACAAUGGCUUCUGAGAAGGGUCUCCAAACUGAUCCGGCAACUGGAGGUCAUGCUCACAGUCGCACUAACAGCAAUGCAUCUAGCCUGGGAUCAAUGAGUCAAGUAGAUGAGUCUAUCAGAGAGGCUAUACAAGACACAAAGACCAGUCUGUGUUCAGCAACUCCACUUACACCAGUUGGCAAAAGGAAGCAGAUGAUCAAGAUGUUGACGUUGACCUUAAUGCCAAUUGUCGUCUUGACCACACUGGCUAUAUCUGAUCUGAUUGCAACACUUACCAAAAGUAUUGACGCUAUUGAAAUAAGACGCAAUGUACAAUUCAGUCGGCAGGUUGGUACCCUUGUUCAUAGUCUUCAGCUUGAACGUGACAUGACUGCUUUAUACAUUAGUUCAUUGAUGCAGCAAAGGACGACUGGUCCCCAGCGCAAGAUCUUUUUGAUUAAUACGUAUCCAUUGGUAGAUGAAGUAUUGGAGAAUCUCGAUGACUGGCCUGUUGCGGGGACUGUAGCUUACCAACAAUUUCAAAAUAAAGAAGCUUUCAUGUCAUUUUUGUUCGAGUAUCGACUGACUCUGGAUAUUCACAAUACCACCAUUUAUGAGGUCAUCCAUUUCUACACUGAUGCUAUCCAAUUGUUCAUUGAUUGGUUGUAUGAGAGUGUUGGAAAGUCUGGAGGUCAGGGUUUGUGGGAAACCCUGGUGGCUUAUCAACUACUUAUAGUUGGCAUGGAACAAACUGGCAUUGAACGAACACUGGGGGCGGUGUUCUAUACUCAGGGUGGUUUCGACAAGCCUACCGAUUAUCGCUGGUAUAUGGAGAAAAUGCAGGUUGGAAAGAGCAACAUUUGGGCAUCUCAAAAAUACUCCGAUUUGGUACGCGAGAUUUUGGACGGUAAAGUAAAAGAGUUUGAAUACGAUUACGCAGAAAUUAUCAACACGAUGCGACAAGAAAUCUCGCACAAUAAUGCUUCCCGUGAACCAUCCUGGCAAGAAGGAACAUGGUGGUUUGAUAAUAUGACCAUCUACAUCGACACGCUCAAGGAUAUACAACGACGAAUGGCUGAGGUGAUAUUGAACAAGUUGAAUAGUGCUGUGACUACGGACAAUGCUGAUCUGGCUGUCAGUAUUUGCAUUAUGGUGAUUGUAGUCAUCAUGUGCGUGAUCAUCAUCAAGGCAGUUGAGUCGUUGACAGCAAAUAUGCAAGUAAAUGCCCGCACCCUGGCUGACCAGACUAGAGCCCUGAAUAAAGAACGCAAACGAACUGAUACACUGCUCUACCAGAUGCUCCCCAAGUCCGUCGUAGUCAGCCUGAAACACAACCAGAAUGUAAGCGCAGAAAACUUCGCCGAGGCCACCAUCUUAUUUUCGGAUAUUGUCGCCUUCACCCGAAUAUGUUCUGAGAGCAGUCCUCUUCAGGUCGUCGAGAUGUUGAAUAACGUUUACACCAACUUCGAUAGCCGCAUCGAUAAAUAUAAUGUGUAUAAAGUGGAGACCAUUGGUGAUGCCUACAUGGUUGUAUCAGGUUUGCCUCAGCGUAAUGGUAAUAAGCAUGCCAGUGAAAUAGCACUCAUGGCACUGGAUUUGCAGAAUUGUAUCGAAGGAUUGGUCAUUCCACAUAAGCCAGGAACAAAGAUGACAUUGCGGAUUGGAAUGCACACUGGUCCUGUGGUUGCUGGAAUUGUUGGAUCCAAGAUGCCUCGAUACUGUCUAUUUGGUGAAACAGUCAAUAUUGCUGCUAAGAUGGAGUCUAACGGACUACCUAAUCGCAUUCAAGUGAGUGAAGACUGUGCACGUAUUUUGACCAUCAUCAACAAGUUUUGUUUGGCAAAGAGAGGUGAAAUGUUGAUUAAGGUAAAAGGCACCAUGACUACCUACUGGUUGCUUGGUUACGUGAAGAAUCCAUCCUAA